AGGGGGAGGGGCGUUCCGUCGGCAGGAACAUAGACAGCAGGCAGCAGCUGCAGCGAGAGGAUCCGCGAUCUCCACUCUGCCUUCAAACAUUCAUAUUACCACGUCCAGCUCCCAAUAAACACACACACACACACGCAGGACAGCAACGCACAAACAUACACUUACACGACUUCUAAAAUGGUGGACCGCGAGCAACUGGUGCAGAAAGCCCGGCUGGCCGAGCAGGCAGAGCGGUACGAGGACAUGGCAAAUGCCAUGAAAUCGGUCACAGGGCUGAACGAACCACUAUCCAAUGAGGAGAGGAACCUGCUCUCCGUGGCCUACAAGAACGUGGUCGGGGCGAGGCGCUCAUCCUGGCGUGUCAUCUCUAGCAUUGAGCAGAAGACGACGUCCGAUGGCAAUGAGAAGAAGAUCGAGAUGGUGCGGGGCUACCGGGAAAAGAUUGAGAAGGAGCUGGAGGGCGUGUGCCAGGACGUGCUCAACCUGCUCGACAACUUCCUGAUUAAAAAUUGCGACGAAACGCAGCACGAGAGCAAGGUGUUCUACCUGAAGAUGAAGGGCGACUACUACCGCUACCUGGCCGAGGUGGCCACAGGGGAGAAGAGAGCCGGGGUGGUGGAGUCCUCCGAGAAGUCCUACAACGAGGCCCACGAGAUCAGCAAGGAGCACAUGCAGCCCACCCACCCCAUCCGCCUGGGCCUGGCUCUCAAUUACUCAGUCUUCUACUACGAGAUCCAGAACGCCCCCGAGCAGGCGUGCCACCUGGCCAAAACCGCCUUUGAUGAUGCCAUCGCAGAGCUGGACACCCUCAACGAGGACUCCUACAAAGACUCCACUCUCAUCAUGCAGCUGCUACGAGACAACUUGACGCUGUGGACGAGCGACCAGCAGGAUGACGAGGGAGGAGAGGGCAACAAUUAAAGAGUCCAAAACCUCAUUCUGCCAAAACACAACACGCGCGCUCACAAAUGAUGACAAAAUCAAAAUAGUUCAAAACGAGUUCCUAGAAAUUGAAAAAUAAAAAAUGGGAGGGUGGGAUUGGGUGGUGGAACAUCAGUGGCCAAUUUAGCUGAUGGUACUAACAUGGCUGCUGUUCUUUAUUUUUCCAGUUAAUAGUGAAAAAAAGAAUUAGGAGGGAAGACAAUUUUUGUUUGACAAAUAACCUACAAUUAAAAAAAAAAGAAAAAAAAAAGUAUCAAACCCCUCCGCGAUAGCCUCUGCAGCAUUUGCCAAAACACCAUUUUAGAAGCAAGAGGUACGUCAUUCAGCACAGUGUGAGUGUUAGAUAAUGAUAAUACCUUCACACUGGCGGAGACUGGUCUUAUCGCGCAAAUGAAGCUGAGCUGUCUUAUUGUAUUUGCUGAGGGGGAGGAGCAGUCAGAAAUUAGGUUCCAGUGCUUGAGCAACAAGAAAAUUAGAGUUACCUUGAAUGUCAUGGCCUUGUUAGCGAGAGAGGGAGAGCAAGCGGGAUGGGCUUUGAGGGUGUCAAACUUCAAUACGUAAUAAUACAUACGUACGGGGCAUCUUAAGUUAUGAUCGCUGAGUGAGGUUGUAUCUGUUAUUGAAGAGAACAUAAAAAAAUAAACAUUUGUUUGCUUUGUGUCAGGUAUGUGUCCAGCUCAGUCACACAGUCAUACUGUAACUAAAAAUACAAAUUCAUGACGUUAGUGCAGCUUGUCCCUCUCAUGUGCUGAUGUGCUUUAUUGAAUAAAUUAACUGUUUUUGGACACCCAAUUCCUAUUUGUCAGUAUUGUUGUUACUAUAGCAACCUCUAUUGGGUCUUUUUUGCUUAUAGGAAUGAUUUGAUUGACGAAAAAUCUGGAUAGCAAAAAUGGAAAUUUGAACAAAUGUGACGAUUGGAAAUUAUGAAAUAGUUAAAAAAGAAAGAAAAGUCCACCCUUAUUCUCCAGUUAUGCUAUCUUCAUAACAAGCAGUAGGAUCUCUGAAAUGGCACGUGUAAACCACAGACUUGAUUCGUGAACCAAGAUAGAGCACAUGCAAUGUUAAGUGGAAGCUCUAAAAGCAGAUUUGAGGUUUGUGGAUUUAUUUUGUCUUCAGUUUCUUCUUGGUCGAGAAAUGCACUUGCCUAUUAUACUGUUUCUUCAGUGUAAGAUGAUAACUGCUCCAAUAUUCUCCAUAAUACAAUAUUGUGCAUGCUGGUGAUGUAUUUAUACAGUAGCUUCAAUUGAUUAACUUAUACUGUAGAUGUUAUGUAUUCAUAUGAACAUGGAAUUACUAGAAUUUAAUCAGAUUAUUUUCUAUUUAUUUCUUUUUAUUGCGAUUGUCAGCUAGUUUAUUUUAAUCUGUGUUUACUCCAUUUGCUGAAGUACGCUAUACCAAAACAGUGAUUGUUAACAAUAAAUUGAUCUGUUACAGACA